AUGCCCCGGCGGGUAAUCACUCCGGGAAGGUCUUGCCUUGAGUGUAGGCGACGCAAGAUCAAAUGCGACCGUGGAGUGCCGUGUGAAUAUUGCAGAGUCUCCGAGAUCCAAUGCGAGUAUCCUUCUCCGACGCGCGGGGGCUUCAGGGGGAAGGAUGAUGCUCUCCAAAAAAGAGUAGAGAGCCUUGCAGCUACUUUGAAUUCCCUAUCUGGACAAGUGUCGGAGAUUCAAACCCAACUCCAGGACGAAGUGUUGCCCGGGGAGAGACCGCGCCCAGUUCCAAUCACACCGGAAACUUCAGUAUGCGCUACCAAUUUAUUGUCCUUUCCUAGCGGAAACUCACGGUCAACUCAGGUGGCCCAUCCACCACCGAGUACCGUCACGAUGCUUUGGCAGAUGUAUCUUGAAGUCAUUGAUCCAAUCGUCAAGAUUUUUCACGUUCCGACCAUGCAAAAACACAUUGCAUACUCUAUUCAGAAUUUGACAAGUCUUGAUAUUGGCACACAAUGUGCAUUGUUUGCCAUUUACUACUCAACUACCCUUGUUAUUCCUGAUAAACACUACCAAAAAUAUCUUCACGGAGCAAAGGACACCCAGCUUAAGAAUUAUCGUGUCGGAAUUGAGGAGUCACUAGUUCAAGCCAAUCUUCUCACUACUCACGACUUUAUGGUUCUCCAGGCUCUCACUCUCUAUAUUACAUGUGCCCGAAGUGAUCCUAAAGCACCAAAUAUGCCCUCGUUAGUAGGCCUGGCUGUCUCGAUCGCGAUGAAAAUGGGCCUCAACUGCGUCGAUUCCAUGACUAGUCUCACGCCGUUUGACAUGGAAAUGCGGCGGAGGCUGUGGUGGCACCUAUCAACGCUGGAUGUUAGGAUUGCAGAAGAUUAUCAAGUGCCACCAAAUAUUCUUCCAGCGUUAAACACCACCUCUUUCCCAGCAAAUACGAACGACGGUGCGCUUGAUCCGGCUAUGAUGACCACCCCACAAAGCGAGCCUCGCCGAACAGAUAUGUUGUACAAUCUUACACGAUUCCAAGGAAGCCAUUUCUUGAGAGAAGUAGUUUUCUCAGAUGAUGUAUGUGUUAAACAAGGCUACAAGAUCCGUACGAACGCCGAAAAAUGCGCUUUCAUCGAUGAAUUCUGGGCCAAGAUGGAGAAUACUCUACUCUGCCACUGUGACGCGUCAGUGCCAAUCGAUAACGUCACAAUAACGUCUAUCCGACUGAUCUUGGUCAAAUCCAAGCUAACUAUAAUGAAGCCAAAUCCUCUUCAAAAGCAAAAUGCCCCAACGCGAGAAAGCUAUCGCAACACAUGCAAGCAAGUGCUUGAAUAUGCAUACGAACUGCGACAGUAUGAGCCUGGCAAGAAAUGGUUAUGGCUCUUCCAAACGUAUAUUGAAUGGGAUGCUCUGGCAUAUUUGCUACUCGACCUCUCCUUGGCUGCCGCUGACGAUACCGAUGGUCUAUGGGAGACAGUUGAGAAAACGUAUCAGCAUUGGGCUGGUACCUCGAACGCGAGCACGGAUCGCCGAUGGGUACAUAUAACGGAACUACAUGGGAAAGCGGUGGCUGCAAAAACGGAUCUAUCACCUCUUCCAGAGAGGAGGCGAACGAGACAAACGAUUCCGUCUCCGUCUAAAGAUUUGCACCAUGCAGGCCACUCCCCGGAUCAGCAGAUGACGGCCGAAUCGAACAUCACCAUAAAUGCGGAUGCCCUCUGGUCGCAGAUUCUUGGGCCUUGCCCAUCGACUACAGCCGACGAGCCGCUGCCAGUGAACGCUGUAGACCCUAGUUUUAUUCCCUCAUCCGGGUCAAUGCCAGAUUGGGAUCAUUUAUUAUUCGAUAGAUACUGGCAGGCAGUGGGCUAG